AUGGAAGGAAACAGCGGAUACCUCUUAUUCACGCGCACCGCAGUGGUUUACGGUUUAAUCCUCAUCAACCCGGGUAAGUUAUACAGAGUAAAAUGUAUCGGUAGCCUCAGGCGCCUCGCUUGUUCAGUGUCUGUGCCCACUGGCGUAGCCAACCUGUAGGCCAACCUGUAGGCUUACCUACCUGGGAAAAUACAAGUGAGAAAGUGAAGCUUUUUAUUCGGCAAAAAAAAAAAGCAUUACGCACAUCCAAACUGUACCCAGUAUAGCCUAUAUGUUGUUAAACUGAAUUAUGGCUUUUUUUUACUUAUCCAAUAGCCAUUGACAAUCAAAGCUCAUCAAAUUAUUUUAUUUUCAUGGAUAGUCCGUUUUGAGUAUUGUCUAUAGAUCCUAAAUACUAUUUUUCUGUAGGUGGCAGGUUUAGUUACUCAACGUCGUUACUGAUUAUGUGAGACAACUUAGCUCCCAGUUAGCCGACUGACGUGAUGUAUAUUGAAUUAAUGGUCCAAGGCCAAUCAUAACUGAUAAAGCCUGAUGAAGUUCAACAGCGGAAUGGCCCAGCAGGACACUUUACACUCAAAUCUACCUCUCUAUCCCCCACCUCUCUGUCUCUCUGUCUCUCUGUCUGUGUCUCUCUCUCUAAGGGGCUUUAUUGGCACGGGAAAUGUGUUUACAUUGCCAAAGCAAGUGAAAUAAACAAUAAACAAAAGUGAGAAGACACAAAACAACAUCAACAAACAAUUAUUAGAAUUUAACAGUAAACAUUGCACUCAAAAAGGUUUUAAAAAAGAUAGACAUUUAAAGUGUUAUAUUAUCAGCUAUGUACAGUGUUUUAGCAAUGUGCAAAUAGUUGUAGUAUGAAUAGUAUGGGAAGAUAAAUAAACAGAUAAAUAUUGGUGGUAUUUACAAUGUUGUUUGUGCUCCACUGUUUGCCCUUUUCUCAUGGCAACGGGCCACAAAUCUUGCUGCUGUGAUGGCACAGCCUAACAGAUAUGGGAGUUUAUCAAUGUUGGAUUUUUUUUUUUAAUUCUUUGUAGGUCUGUGUAAUCUGUGGGAAAUAAAUAUUUCUAAUGUGGUCAUACAUUUGGCAGGAGGUUAGGAAGUGCAGCUCCGUUUCCACCUCAUUUUGUGGGCAGUGGGCACAUAGCCUGUCUUCUCUCGAGAGCGAGGUCUGCCUAUGGUGGCCUCUCUCAAUAGCAAGUCUGAACAUAGUCAAGGAUUUUCUUAAUUUUGGGUCAGUCACAAUGGCCAUUGUGUACUCUCUGUUUAGGGCCAGAUAGCAUUCCAAUUUGCUCUGUUUUUUGGUUGAUUAUUUCCAGUGUGUCAAAUAGUUAUCUUUUUGCUUUUCAUGAUUUGGUUGGGUGUAAUUUUGUUGCUGUCCUGGGGCUCUGUGGGGUCUGUUUGUGUUUGUGAACAGAGCCCCAGAACCAGCUGGCUGAGGGGACUCUUCUCUAGGUUGAUCUCUCUGUAGGUGAGGGCUUUGUGGGGGAAUAUGUGGGCAUCGCUUCCUUUUAGGUGGUUGUAGAAUUUAACAGCUGUUUUCUGGAUUUUGAUAACUAGUGGGUAUAGUCCUAAUUCUGCUCUGCAUACAUUGUUUGGGGUUUUGCAUUGUACACUAAGUAUAUUUUUUUCUGAAUUCUGCAUGCAGAUUCUUAAUUGGGUGUUUGUCCCAUUUUGUGAAUUCUUGGUUGGUGAGCGGACCCCAGACCUCACAACCAUAGAGGGUAGUGGAUUCUAUAACUGUUUGAAAUAUUUUUAGCCAGAUCCUAAUUGGGAUGUCGAGUUUUAUGUUCCUUUUGAUGGCAUAGAAGGCCCUUCUUGCCUUGUCUCUCAGAUCAUUCACAUCCUUAUGGAAGUUACCUGUGGUGUUCAUGUUUAGGCCAAGGUAGAUAGUUCUUUGUGUGCUCUAGGGAAAUGGUGUCUAGAUGCUGCAGACUGUUCUAGUGCCCUCGCCAAUUCAUUGUUAUAUACAUUGAAAAGGGUGGGGCUUAGCUGCAUCUUUCUCUCUCUCACCUCUAUAUAUCUGGUAAUGAUUGUCUCAGCCAUGGUUUUUGAAGUGUUAGGGGUCUCAAUUUCACUCCUGUUCCUGGUCCCUGUGUGCGUGUGACUGUGUCUGUGUGUGUGGUGGAGAGAAGACAUCCCCUGGGAGUGUGGGCGUGAAGGGCAGGUUUAGGGGUACGUCGCUCCAGGCGUGGCCAGAAAAGAGUGUUACCGCUCAGGCGUGGAGGCACCAGGUGCCAAUGGAGGUAGCAGAGAGAGGCCGCAUCACGGCUCAGCGGCAGAAAAGACACAUACACAAACACGCAGCCGAUGCUACUCUGAUCUGCAGGUGCUUGGGGCGACUGUCAGUGGCGCAGAUCCCUCUGGAACCCAUUAGAGAAGCUAUGACCUCACACACACACACACACACACACACACACACACACACACACACACACACACACACACACACACACACACACACACACACCAAGCCUUACCUUGACAGCAUUGGGGUAUUCUGAGGGGGGCAGUGUGUUGACAUCAUUCUUCAGUUGCACCACCUCUGUUGCACCAUGUAAACAAACACUGUAUAGCCUCAAAACAUGGUUUAAACUAUCCUUUUGAUAUCAUUGGACAGUCAGUCCUUGCAUCCAUAGUUUUGUCUAUGAAUUUGAGAGUGGUUCCAUUUCUCCAGCCCCAUCCCUCUGCUUUUUUUUUAACCAACAUUGUGGCUGGGAUGCGCUUUGUUACUGUUUCAACUGCUGAUUGGCCCUUUAAGAUUCCAUCAUUUUAGAGUGGUGCAUAUCUUUCCCAUUCAUUUGGGACUGAGAUAUAGCUGGACCUACAUAACAGUGUGUGUGUGUGUGUGUGUGUGUGUGUGGGGGGGGGGGGGUUCUUUCUCAGCGUUAAGCGAUGACUGGACUCAUGCCCAUGCGGAGGACAAGUUGUUCAAGAGGCUGUUCAUUGGCUAUAACAAGUGGUCCCGCCCCGUACGAAACAUCACCGACGUCGUCAUCGUCAAGUUUGGUCUGUCCAUCGCACAGCUCAUAGACGUGGUAAGACAACUUGCACAUUCAUGUUUUAUACACAUAAUCAAUCACUCCAAUCAAUCCAUCAAUCAAUCAAAUCUGUAUCCAUCCUCAGGAUGAGAAGAACCAGAUGAUGACCACCAACGUGUGGCUGAAACAGGUUAGGACACUUGUUCUAUUCUAUUAGUGGCUGAAACAGGUUAGAACGGUUCUAUUUUAUUGAUGGCUGAAACAAGUUAGAACACUGUUCUAUUCUAGUAGUGGCUGAAACAGGUUAGAACACUGUUCUAUUCUAUUAGUGGCUGAAACAGGUUAGAACACUGUUCUAUUCUAUUAGUGGCUGAAACAGGUUAGAACACUGUUCUAUUCUAUUAGUGGCUGAAACAGGUUAGAACACUGUUCUAUUCUAUUAGUGGCUGAAACAGGUUAGGACACUUGUUCUAUUCUAUUAGUGGCUGAAACAGGUUAGAACACUGUUAUAUUCUAUUAGUGGCUGAAACAUGUUAGAACACUGUUCUAUUCUAGUAGUUGCUGAAACAGGUUAGAACACUGUUCUAUUCUAUUAGUGGCUGAAACAAGUUAGAACACUGUUCUAUUCUAUUAGUGGCUGAAACAGGUUAGAACACUGUUCUAUUCUAUUAGUGGCUGAAACAUGUUAGAACACUGUUCUAUUCUAUUGGUGGCUGAAACAGGUUAGAACACUGUUCUAUUCUAUUGGUGGCUGAAACAGGUUAGAACACUGUUCUAUUAUAUUAGUGGCUGAAACAGGUUAGAACACUGUUCUAUUCUAUUAGUGGCUGAAACAGGUUAGAACACUGUUCUAUUCUAUUAGUGGCUGAAACAUGUUAGAACACUGUUCUAUUCUAUUAGUGGCUGAAACAGGUUAGAACACUGUUCUAUUCUAUUAGUGGCUGAAACAGGUUAGAACACUGUGCUAUUCUAUUGGUGGCUGAAACAAGUUAGAACACUGUUCUAUUCUAUUAGUGGCUGAAACAGGUUAGAACACUGUUCUAUUCUAUUGGUGGCUGAAACAGGUUAGAACACUGUUCUAUUCUAUUGGUGGCUGAAACAGGUUAGAACACUGUUCUAUUCUAUUGGUGGUCUGAAAACAGGUUAGAAACACUGUUUCUAUUCUAUUAGUGGCUGAAACAGGUUAGAACACUGUUUCUAUUUCUAUUGGUGGCUGAAACAGGUUAGAACACUGUUCUAUUCUAUUGGUGGCUGAAACAGGCUAGAACACUGUUCUAUUCUAUUGGUGGCUGAAACAUGUUAGAACACUGUUCUAUUCUAUUGGUGGCUGAAACAGGUUAGAACACUGUUCUAUUCUAUUGGUGGCUGAAACAAGUUAGAACACUGUUCUAUUCUGUUAGUGGCUGAAACAGGUUAGAACACUGUUCUAUUCUAUUAGUGGCUGAAACAGGUUAGAACACUGUUCUAUUCUAUUAGUGGCUGAAACAGGUUAGAACACUGUUCUAUUCUAUUAGUGGCUGAAACAGGUUAGAACACUGUUCUAUUGUAUUGGUGGCUGAAACAGGUUAGAACACUUGUUCUAUUCUAUUGGUGGCUGAAACAGGUUAGAACACUUGUUCUAUUCUAUUAGUGGCUGAAACAGGUUAGAACACUGUUCUAUUCUAUUAGUGGCUGAAACAGACAAGAUUAGACUUACAUUCUAUUAUCUCUCUUAGGGUUGCAAAAUUCCAGUACAUUUCCAAAAAUUCCCUGGUUUUCCAGAAAUCCUUGUUGGAGUCACGAGGGAAUCAGCAGGACAUUCGGGAACAUCUAACCAGGAUUUCUGGAAAACCAGGGAAUUUUUGGAAAUGUACUGGAAUUUUGCAACCCCACAUUGUCUCUACUUUCCUCAGUGUCUAUGGCUGCAUUUACACAGGCAGCCCAAUUAUUGGUCAAAAUGUGGCUGCCUGUGUAAACGCAGCCAAUGACAUUCAGAACGCAUGGAGAAAGCUCCUGAGAUUAUGGAAACUUUUAAGGAUUCUUGUGGUUAACCCCUCCACGUAGUCCCGUGUAGCUCAGUUGGUAGAGCAUGGCGUUUGCAACGCCAGGGUUGUGCGUUCGAUUCCCAUGGGGGGCCAGUAUGAAAAUGUAUGCACUCACUAACUGUAAGUCGCUCUGGAUAAGAGCGUCUGCUAAAUGACUAAAAUGAAAAUGUAAAAUGAGUGGAGUGACUUUAAUCGUAUCGUGUGUGUGUGUGUGUGUGUGUGUGUGUGUGUGUGUGUGUGUGUGUGUAGGAGUGGAGUGACUAUAAGCUGCGGUGGCGUCCGUCUGACUACGACAACGUAACGUCCAUUAGAGUACCCUCUGAACUCAUCUGGUUGCCUGACAUCGUCCUCUAUAACAAGUCAGUAACACACACACACACACACUCACGCUCAAUGAUGUGAAGUGAUCAAUAAGUUGUGUAGGAGGAUUCUGUGGUUCUAUAGUUGUGUAGGAAGAGGGAGUAAUCUGUGGUUCUAUAAACAGUAUCAAUCACAUGUAUUUAUUUAUAAAGCCCUUUUUACAUCAGCAGAUGUGACAAAGUGCUUUUACAGAAACCCAGCCUAAAACCCCAAACAGCAAGCAAUGCAGAUGUAGAAGCACGGUGGCUAGGAAAAACUCCCUAGAAAGGAAAGGAAUUUAGGAAGAAACCUAGAGAGGAACCAGGCUCUGAGGGGUGGCCAGUCCUCUUCUGGCUGUACUGGGUAGAGAGGAACCAGGCUCUGAGGGGUGGCCAGUCCUCUUCUGGCUGUGUCGGGUGGAGUGGCCAUUAAGGCCAGAUUGUACUUCAAGAUGUUCAAACGUUCAUAGAUGACCAGCAGGGUCAAAUAAUAAUCACAGUGGUUGUAGAGGGCGCAACAGGUCAGUACCUCAAGAGUAAAUGACAGUUGGCUUUUCAUAGCCAAUAGAGAGGUAUACUUUCUGGGUGAUUUAAAUAUUGACUGGCUUUCAUCAGGCUGCCCUCUCAAGAGAAAGCUUCAAACUGUAACCAGUGCCUGCAACCUGGUUCAGGUUAUCAAUCAACCUACCAGGGUAGUUACAAACAGUACAGGAAUGAAAUCAUCAACAUGUAUUGAUCAUAUCUUUACUAGUGCUGCAGAAAUUUGUUUGAAAGCAGUAUCCAAAUCCAUCGGAUGUAGUGAUCACAAUAUAGUAGCCAUAUCUAGGGAAAACCAAAGUUCCAAAGGCUGGGCCUAAUAUAGUGUAUAAGAGGUCAUACAAUACGUUUUGUAGUGAUUCCUAUGUUGUUGAUGUGAACAAUAUUUGUUGGUCCGUGGUGUGUAAUGACGAGCAACCAGAUGCUGCACUUGACACAUUAAUGAAAUUGAUUAUCCCAGUUACUAAUAAGCAUGCACCCAUUAAGAAAAUGACUGUAAACACUGUUAAAUCCCCGUGGAUUGAUGAGGAAUUUAAAAAUGGUAUGGUUGAGAGGGAUGAGGCAAAAGAGAUGGCAAAUAGGUCUGGCUGCACAACCGAUUGGCAAACGUACUGCAAAUGUGACUAAACUGAAUAAAAAGAAGAAAAUAAACUACACUAUGAAACAAAGAUAAAUGACAUAAAGAAUGAUAGUUAAAAGCUUUGGAGCGCGUUAAAUGAAAUUUUGGGCAAAAACACAAACUCUGCUCAAUCGUUUAUUGAAUCAGAUUGCUCAUUCAUCACAAAACCCACUGAUAUUGCAAACUACUUUAAUGAUUUUUUCAUUGGCAAGAUUAGCAAAUUUAGGCAUGACAUGCCAGCAACAAACACUGACACUACACAUCUAAGUAUAUCUGACCAAAUUAUGAAAGACAAACAUUGUAAUUUUGAAUUCCGUAAAGUAAGUGUGAAAGAGGUGAAAAAAAGUAUUAAUGAAAGAUCAACAAUGACAAGCCACAGGGGUCUGACAACUUGGAUGGAAAAUUAGUGAGGAUAAUAGCUGACAAUAUUGCCACUCCUAUUUGCCAUAUCUUCAAUUUAAGCCUACUAGAAAGUGUGUGUCCUCAGGCCUGGAGGGAAGCAAAAGUCAUUCCGCUACCUAAGAAUAGUAAAGUCUCCUUAACUGGCUCAAAUAGCCGACCAAUCAGCCUGUUACCAACCCUUAGUAAACUUUUGGAAGAAAUGUGUUUGACCAGAUAAAAUGCUAUUUUACAGUAAACAAAUUGACAACAGACUUUCAGCACGCUUAUAGGGAAGGAUAUUCAACAAGCACAGCACUGACACAAAUGACUGAUGAUUGGCUGAGAGAAAUUGAUGAUUAAAAUAUUGUGGGGGCUGUUUUGUUAGACUUCAGUGCGGCUUUUGACAUUAUCGAUCAUAGCCUGUUGCUGGGAAAACGUAUGUGUUAUGGCUUUACACCCCCUGCUAUAUUGUUGAUAAAGAGUUACCUGUCUAACAGAACACAGAGGGUGUUCUUUAAUGGAAGCCUCUCCAUCAAAAUCCAGGUAGAAUCAGGAAUUCCCCAGGGCAGCUGUCUAGACCCCUUUCUUUUUUCAAUCUUUACUAACGACAUGCCUUUGAGUAAAGCCAGUGUGUCUAUGUACGUGGAAGACUCAACACUAUACAUGUCAGCUACCACAGCAACUGAAAUGACUGCAACAUUUAACAAAGAGCUGCAGUUAGUUUCAGAAUGGGUGGCAAGGAAUAAGAGUCCUAAAUAUUUCAAAAACUGAAAGCAUUGUAUUUGGGACGAAUCAUUUACUAAACCCUAAAUCUCAACUAAAUCUUGUAAUGAAUAAUGUGGAAAUUGAGGAGUUGAGGAGACUAAAUUGCUUGGAGUCACCCUGGAUUGUAAACUGUCAUGGUCAAAACAUAUUGAUGCAAUGGUAGCUAAGAUGGGGAGAAGUCUGUCCAUAAUAAAGCGCUGCUCUGCAUUCUUAACAGCACUAUCAACAAGGCAGGUCCUACAGGCCCUAGUUUUGUCACACCUGGACUACUGUUCAGUCGUGUGGUCAGGUGCCACAAAGAGGGACUUAGGAAAUUUGCAAUUGGCUCAGAACAGUGCAGCACGGCUGGCCCUCAGAUGUACACAGAGAGCUAUCAUGUCUCUCCUGGUUCAAAGUGGAGGAGAGAUUGACUUCAUCACUACUUGUAUUUGUGAGCGGUAUUGACAUGUUGAAUGAACCGAGCUGUCUGUUUGAACUACUGGCACACAGCUCGGACACCCCAUGCAUACCCCACAAGACAUGCCACCAGAGGUCUCUUCACAGUCCCCAAGUCCAGAACAGACUAUGGGAGGUGCACAGUACUACAUAGAGCCAUGACUACAUGGAACUCUAUUCCACAUCAGGUAACUGAUGCAAGCAGUAAAAUCAGAUUUUAAAAAACAUAUACAAAUACACCUUAUGGAACAGCGGGGACUGUGAAGCAACACAAACAUAGACACAUGCAUACAAACACACACUAUAACAUACGCACUAUACACACAUGUACACAUGGAUGAUUUGUUGUAGAUAUGUGGGAGUGGAGUAGGGGCCUGAGGGCACACACUUAAUAUGUUGUGAAAUCUGUUAUGAAUGUAUUGUAAUGUUUUUCAAAUGUAUAACUGCCUUCAUUUUGCUGCCUUGGCAGCAGCUAAUGGGGAUCCAUAAUAAAUACAAAUCUGUGGUUCUAUAGUUGUGGUUCUAUAAACAGUAAUGUGGUUCUAUAGUUGUGGUUUUAUAAAGCAGUAAUCUGUGGUUUUAAUAGUUGUGGUUCUAUAAACUAAUCUGUGGUUCUAUAAAGCAGUAAUCUGUGGUUCUAUAGUUGUGGUUCUAUAAACUAAUCUGUGGUUCUAUAGUUGUGGUUCUAUAAACGUAAUCUGUGGUUCUAUAGUUGUGGUUCUAUAAACAGUAAUCUGUGGUUCUAUAGUUGUGAUUCCAUAAAACAGUAAUCUAUGCUUUUAUAGUUGUGGUUCUAUAAAGAAGUACUCUGUGGUUCUAUAGUUGUGGUUCUACAAACAGUAAUUUGUGGUUCUAUAAAGCAGUAAUCUGUGGUUCUAUAGUUGUGGUUCUAAAAAACACUUUCUCACCACCAGUUGUAAAAACAAGGCUGUCUUGCAUCAGACAGUCGUAUCCCCCCCCCCGGCAGAAGAACACAUCACACAGAAUUCAUCAUCAACAUUCACAUAUCAUUCCAACGCUCCUUAAACGAGCAUCGCCUAGGGUUCCUUUGCUCACGUUUGAUUUCUAGAAUAAUGAAGCAACUUGUUUUAGUCUUGUAUUUAGAGUCUAUUGUGAAUGUUUUAGAAUAAGGCAGGAAGUGGUAUUAAGACUAGACACACCUGGUCUAAAGAGUCUUCCUCCCCCUCUUUCUAUCAUCUUCUUCUCCCUCCCUCCCUCUCUCCCACCCUCUCUCCCUCCCUCUCUCCCGCCCGCCCUCUCUCCCGCCCUCCAUCUCUCUCUCCCUCUCUCCCGCCCGCCCUCUCUCCCGCCCUCCCUCUCUCCCUACCUCCCUCUCUCUCUCCCGCCCUCCCUCUCUCCCGCGCUCUCUCCCUCUCUCUCUCUCCCCAGUGCGGAUGGUGAGUUUGCGGUGACCCACAUGACCAAGGCUCAUCUGUUCCAUAGUGGUGAUGUGCGCUGGGUUCCCCCGGCCAUCUAUAAGUCCUCCUGCUCUAUAGACGUCACCUUCUUCCCCUUCGAUCAGCAGAACUGUAAGAUGAAGUUUGGCUCCUGGACCUACGACAGAGCUAAAAUAGAUCUGGAGCCUAUAGGGGAUACUGUUGAUCUGAAAGUAGGUGCUGCACACACACACACACACCACACACACACACACAGAUUUACACACACACACAGAUUUACACACACACAUGCAGAGACACACACAGAUUUACACACACACAGAUUUACACACACACAUGCAGAGAAACACACACAGAUUUACACACACACAUGCAGAGAGACACACACAGAUUUACACACACACAUGCAGAGACACACACAGAUUUACACACACACACGCAGAGACACACACAGAUUUACACACACACAUGCAGAGAAACACACACAGAUUUACACACACACAUGCAGAGAAACACACACAGAUUUACACACACACAUGCAGAGAAACACACACAGAUUUACACACACACAUGCAGAGAAACACACACAGAUUUACACACACACAUGCAGAGAGACACACACAGAUUUACACACACACAUGCAGAGAGACACACACAGAUUUACACACACACAUGCAGAAACACACACAGAUUUACACACACACAUGCAGAGAGACACACACAGAUUUACACACACACAUGCAGAGAAACACACACAGAUUUACACACACACACGCAGAGACACACACAGAUUUACACACACACAGAUUUACACACACACAUGCAGAGACACACACAGAUUUACACUGACGCAGCUAGAGACACAAACACACCCCCCCCCCCCCCCCCCCCCCCCCUAGCCCCUGCUGUGUCUCUGUUUCUGCUCCAGGACUACUGGGAGAGUGGCGAAUGGGCUAUAGUGAACGCAGUGGGAACCUACAACACUAAGAAGUAUGACUGUUGCCAUGAGAUCUACCCUGAUAUAACCUACUACUUCAUGAUCAGACGCCUGCCUCUAUUCUACACUGUCAAUCUCAUUAUCCCUUGCCUCCUCAUCUCCUGUCUCACUGUCCUGGUGUUCUAUCUGCCUUCUGACUGCGGAGAGAAGAUCACCCUGUGUAUUUCUGUCCUCCUCUCUCUCACCGUCUUCCUCCUGCUCAUCACUGAGAUUAUCCCGUCCACCUCCCUGGUGAUUCCUCUCAUCGGGGAGUAUCUCCUCUUCACCAUGAUCUUCGUCACUCUGUCCAUUGUUAUAACGGUGUUUGUCCUGAACGUCCACCAUCGUUCCUCUGCUACUCACACGAUGCCUCGCUGGGUUCGGACACUCUUCCUGUCUGCCAUUCCCCGGUGGCUCUGCAUGAAACGACCCCCGCCUGACCUCAGGAGGAGGGGCCUAGCCGACAAACUCCACCCCGUUGGAACCUUCAGAACGCCUGGUCCCUCCCACUCUUCGUCGUAUUCCACAGCCCACACCUGGCUCAUGCGGGAGUCCGAUGUUGAUCUCCAUGGUGACGAGGAUGUGAUUCGCCAUGGUUACUCGGAUACGGAGAUGGACUCUGGGUUAGGGGGGAGGUUGAGGUUAGGGGUGGGGCUGAGCCUUCCCCCCUCCUUUUCCUUCCCCCCUCCCUCUCCCCGCCUGCCCGGCUACACCCCCCUCAUCCCCCAGACUCACACCACCCAGCGGCCCCCCAAGCUGAGUCUGACCCCAGACUGGGGACUUCACUCCCCCAGGUCCUGAUGUUGGUAUGGCCCCAGCCCCAGCCCCAGCCCUGUCCCCUGCAGUGUUACGAGCCCUGGAGGGGGUGACCUACAUCGCUGAACACCUCAGAGCCGAGGACCAAGACAUCUCUGUGAGACCCCUACUGCACCACACAGGGAACUACAACACCCUACUGCAAUCAAAUCAAAUCAAACUUUAUUUGUAGAGCCCAUUUAUUAAAAGAGGAUUCAUUUCAAAGUGCUUAACAAAUAAAAUAAUACAAUGAGACAAAUUAACCUAGUAAAACAAUAAAAUAACAGUGGACAUGAGACUAAUGCAUUCAAAUAAAUAAGAUACAUAGAAUGGAUGGUAUGACUUAAACCACCCUAAGUAAAAGCACAGCUAAAAAGGUCCUAAGAUAUUUAUUUAAAAUGUCAACAGUUUCUAAGGCCCUCAGAUCUUCCGCCGGGCUGUUCCACAGCCAGUUCACACCAGAUCCACUUCAGUAUUCGACAUUUGUCCAGGUCAUCAGGAGAUUGUCUGCAAUACCGUCCACUAGGGGCAACGUGAGCACCUACUAACCAUAUAGAAGGCUCCCGGCUUGCUAGGGUGCUGUGGAUGGGGAUAGAGGAGGGGCUUAAACCCAGUGCUAGGCACUCAUUGAACCGCGAUCCUCAGAGCCGUAGCUCGUGGUUUAAGUGCUUGGUACUCAUUUAUUUUCUGUUUUAACCCUAUCCCAAACCUUAACCCUUACCUUAACCAGUCGGACUUAAUGCCUAAACUUGAGUUUUUAAGUUUAUGGACAAACGUUGAAUACUGAAGUGAGACUGUGAGAUCUUGUUGGUGCCAGGACCAUAGUGACUGAAGGCCGACUCACCAAAACAAUUAAAAGACCAGAAGAUCUGAGGGACUGACCACACAGAGAACUACAACUCCCUACUGUACCACACAGAGAACUACAACUCCCUACUGCACCACACAGAGAACUACAACUCCCUACUGCACCACACAGAGAACUACAACUCCCUACUGUACCACACAGAGAACUACAACUCCCUACUGUACCACACAGAGAACUACAACUUCCUACAGACCAACAACAAGAGUUAGGGUACAUAGAGAGCAACAUGUAGAAUCUGCAUCACACGGAGAACUACAACUCCCUACUGUACCACACAGAGAACUACAACUCCCUACUACACCAUACUGAGAACUAUAACUACCUACUGCACCACACAGGAAACUACAACUCCCUACUGCACCACACAGGGAACUAUCACUCCCUACUGUACCACACAGAACUACAACUCCCUACUGUACCACACAGAACUACAACUCCCAACUGUACCACAGAACUACAACUCCCAACUGUACCACACAGAACUACAACUCCCAACUGUACCACACAGAGAACUACAACUUCCUACUGUACCACACAGAACUACAACUCCCAACUGUACCACACAGAACUACAGCUCCCAACUGUACCACAGAACUACAACUCCCUACUGUACCACAGAACUACAACUCCCUACUGACCAACAACACACGAGUUAGGGGAGAUGGAGCGCGAGGGAGACAACUAAGUAGAAUCUGUCUCUGGAUUUGUGUUUUGUGGUCUUUUUUUACAAUGUUAACCUGUGUGUGGUUUGUGUGUGUGUCCAGGUGAAGGAGGACUGGAAGUACGUUGCUAUGGUGAUCGAUCGUAUCUUCCUGUGGAUGUUCAUCAUCGUGUGUCUCCUGGGAACCAUCGGAUUGUUCUUACCACCCUGGCUGGCCGGCAUGAUCUAG